GGCGAGAAGGGCGAGUAUGGGCUGCCAGGCAUGCCAGGGAGCCCUGGCCGGACUGGAGAACCAGGGUCCCCAGGCAUGCCCGGUCCCAUGGGGCCACCAGGACCACCAGGGGACUACAGGUGUGACUCACGCCAUGCUGGACACCACGGGCUGGCCGGGCUGCCGGGCACCAAGGGAGAAAAGGGCGACCCUGGAGAGCCGGGGUGCUGCUAUGGGGAGCACGGGUGCAAACCAGGGCACCUCCCCUUCCCCAGCACCGGCAGCCAGCCCGGCUCAUGGGGCUCCAUCAGCAGGUACCAGACGGAUGGCAAAGAGGAACCAGAGAUUUAUGGAGCCAUCAUCCCCCAUGCUCUUCGAGGUCCCCCCGGGAACCCCGGCCCCCCUGGGCCCCCCGGCCCCCCUGGCCCUCCAGGCCUCCUCUACCUCAAUAGGGUGCACCCCGUGCAUGCCCAGCCGCCCUGCAAGCAGCCGGCAUCCACAGACCGCAGCUGGCCAUCAGAUGCUGGUGUCCCUCAGGCAGAGCCAUCGGACUCCCGCGCUGAUCUCCGGCGCCACACGUGGGUGUUCAAGUCCAAGGAGCUGAUGGUGAAGGCGAGCAGCGCUGUGCCCGAGGGGAGCCUGGUCUAUGUGAGGGAAGGGAGCAGCGCCUUCCUGCGGACCCCCGCCGGCUGGAGCCGCCUCCUGCUGGAGGAUCCCAAGUCGUUCCUGGCUGGUGAUGACCCCUCUGCCUCCACCCCACAGUACCAGGAGGUGAAGAGGGUGCAGCCAAGAGGUCCCAACACGCUGUCACCUGUGCAAUCUCCAACAGACUCACUGAUCCAGAAGGAGGAGGAACAAGGGCUGACCCAGACUCUGCCCACCACCACAGCCCCACGGAUCCCAUCUCUCCGCCUGGCUGCCCUCAACGUGCCCCUGUGGGGCGACAUGAGCGGGAUCCGGGGCGCUGACCUGCAGUGCUACCGGCAGUCCCAGGAGGCCGGGCUCUACGGAACCUUCCGGGCCUUCCUGUCAGCCCCCAGCCAGCAGCUGCUGUCCAUCGUCAAGAGGACAGACAGGACCCUCCCCAUCAUCAACCUCAAGGGGCAGCUGCUGGCCAAGUCCUGGAGCUCCCUCUUUGGGGGUGCUGCCCUGCGGGGUCCCAUCUACUCGUUCAACGGGCGCAACGUCCUGGCAGAUCCCCUCUGGCCCCACCGGCUAGCCUGGCACGGCUCCACGCCACGGGGUGGCCAUGCCCGCCGCUGGGACUGCCAGGGCUGGCGCAGCUCUGGCACAGCCCAGGGCAUGGCCAGCGCUCUGGGGGAGGGCAGGCUGCUGGCUGGGCAGAGGCACAACUGCUCCACACCACUGGCCGUGCUCUGCAUCGAGGUGGCUUUUCCUUACCGGCACAUGUGGUGACAAGGGUGACACCCAAGCAGGAGCUUCAGGUGCUCCUCUAGGCCUGGGGAAUGUCCCUGGGAGCACUGAGGGGACACCAGGUCCACAGCCAGGCUGUGCCACCCCACAAAUCCCUGUGCCAUGGGGCAAUGCUGGGUUGUGCCUGCAGCCUCCUACCUCCACUGGAGCCAUCA